GCCAAAUGACAAACUGCUGUGUGCGCGCGUUUUGCCCUAAGCGGAUCAAGCGGUUCAAACUAUGACCGAAAUGGCAUCAACGUCUGCUGGCGCUCUUCGAGCAUUAGCGAUGGAGCUGAAAAAUAUCGAAUCGCAACCGCUCGAAGGUUUUACCAUCUCGGCCAGCGAUGACAACCUUUUCGUUUGGACAGUAGGAAUUUAUGGUCCUCCCAACACAUUGUACCAGGGAGGAUAUUUCAAAGCUGUGAUACGUUUUCCGCCAAACUAUCCAUACUCGCCACCUUCUAUGAAAUUUUUGACCAAAGUCUGGCAUCCUAACGUUUAUGAGAACGGAGAUCUUUGCAUUAGUAUUCUUCACCCACCAGUUGAUGAUCCCCACAGUGGCGAGUUACCAUGUGAGAGAUGGAAUCCCACGCAGAGUGUGAGAACCAUCCUUCUAUCCGUCAUUUCCCUACUAAAUGAACCUAACACUUCCUCUCCAGCAAAUGUUGAUGCUUCUGUUAUGUAUCGAAAAUGGAAAGAUGGCACAGAUAUGAGCUAUGCUGAUGUGAUUAGGAGGCAAGUAGAGCAGUCGAAAGAGGAGGCACGAAAGGAUGGUGUUACUGUUCCUGAAACUCUCGAAGAAUACUGUAUAAAGUUCCACCCACAAAGCUGCGAAGAUCAAACUAUGGAAUUGCUAGAUUUAGACGAUGAUAUGUAUGAUUAUGGAGAUGAUGAAAGCGACGAUGAAAAUGACUAUGCGGAAGAAGACGAAGACAGUGGACAAGGCGAGAAUUGA